AUGUCUGGAAAUAUCACACUCGUACAGUACAACUGCAGCUCCAUCAACCUGAGUUUUACGCACACCUUCCUGCCGCCUGUAUUCGUCAUUGUGUUCGUGGUUGGAAUGGUGUCCAAUAUCUGGGGGCUGAGAAGCGUGUACACCAGCUGGAAAAACAUUGGAAACAUUAACAUCUUCAUGCUCAACCUCGGCGUGGCGGACCUGCUGUACCUGUUCACCUUGCCGUUCCUCGUGUACUAUUACUCGGGCAACAGCCACUGGCAGUUCGGCCAGGCUUUCUGCAAGGUGACCCGCUUCUGCUUCAACCUCAACCUUUAUGGCAGCAUCGGCUUCCUCACCUGCAUCAGCAUCUACAGGUACCUGGGCAUCGUGCACCCCAUGAAAGUGAUGGGAAAAAUCACCAGCUGCCACUCUCUGGCUAUAAGCGCCCUGGUCUGGAUUGUGGUCAUUAUUCAGAUCCUCCCUGAUAUGUUCUUUGAAAAGAAUAAUCUAAAGUUACCAGAGUCGUGUUUUGACACAACCUCCGACGACAGGAUCAGAGAAUACCUGCAUUACAGCAUCGCAUGGACCGUCAUAGGGUUUGCUGUACCUCUGGUAAUCAUCCUGCUGUGUUAUGGACACGUUGUUGUGGUUCUUGCCACAAAAGCCAACAUUAACCCUCUGCUGAAGCAGCGCUGUUUGAAACUGGUCGUGAUUCUUGUGAUACUGUUCUCCGUCUGUUUCAUCCCUUAUCACGUGUUUAGAAAUGUUAAUAUGAAAACCAGGAUUUCGAAACUAGAUGGAGUUUGCCACGCCAGCUUCCGCAACAUCUAUAUAGCGCAUCAGGUCGGCAGAUGUCUGGCGUGCCUGAACAGCGCAAUAAACCCGCUCAUUUAUAUAGUUGGAAAUGAUGAUUUCCUCAUGAGGCUCCAUGAUCUCAGUAAGCGUGCUAGGAUGUCUGUGGUGGUCCUGACAGGCGCAGUCCUUUACCGCAGAACGGUGGAUGUGGAUUCACCUACAGACACUGGCGUCACCUCGGACCUGAUGAAAGGAUAA